AUGAGCUCGUUAAAGAAGCUUCCAAGCACACAAAGGCUACCGCCGCCAGCUUUAUUCCAAGGUCCUCCAUUCCAUGAUGCUUCGAAUAUCUCCCUCUCAGUUCCUCCUGCUUCAGCGCUUGCAACACCAUCUGGUAGCCAACCUCCGCCCCUUGAUCGCCAGCCACGCAGCAGUGCGCGUGUCAAUCCUGGAAACCGCAACACACUAUCUCCUUUUCUCUCAAGACGUUCUUCCAAAAACGAUGUGGACGGAUCAGACGCUAUCUGGCAGGAGAUGCAAAGCGCCUUGUCCGAAGUUGAAUUGAGCGCCGUAACCAGCGAACACGUAUUCGGUGAGAAACACGCAGAAGCAUUAGAGGAUCUGCGCAUGAAACAGUUGAAACUCGCCCAGGCCUGGGGACGCAGCGAGGCAGAUGACGAGGUUGUGGAUUCGAGUCGCAAUACAGUUGAAGGAGAUGCCGCAGCUCGACACCAAGCCCCAGGGGCAGAUACAAGCAAUGAUGCGCCGUCGCAUGAGCAGGAUCCUAUAAGAGAACGUGUUUCAUACCAUACGUUGGAUGAAGAAACCGAGAAGGAUAUUAUGCUUGCUCGGAAAAGGCGGGAGGCGAAUGACCGGUACUUUGAUCGUGUUAACCAAGGGGUGUUGGAUGUGGUUGCCAAGCUUGAAGAGGUCUCGCAGGCGAUGCGCACGGUUGAGCGGGAAAGCAAAGAUAUUUGGAGUGAUACGGAAAGUGUCAUGACAGCGGAACCCUCAUCUGCUUAG